AUGGAUCAAAAUGAUGUUCAACAUCUUGAUGACGAGGAACAAAUGCCAGAUUGGGUGAUCGAAAUACGUGAAGGAUAUCGUCGAGAUAUGGAAAUUUUUCAUCAAGGAGUUCUCGAAUUACGAGGCCAACUAAAUCAAUGUUUGGAAGGAAUCGCAAGAACAAAUGCUGAUCUGAAACGAACGCAUCAAUUACAAGUGGACACUAUGGCACGAUUACGUUCAGUGGAUGCAGAAAUUGACUUAUGUAAACAGAAAAUGGAUGCAUAUGAUCAACAACUUACGGUGUACCGGGAAAAAAUUGCUGCUUGUAAUGAACAAGUAACGCUCAUCCUUUGGAUUCGCUGA